UUAAACACCUGUCAGCAACGGGUGUGGCUGAAAUAGCCGUAUCCACUAAUUUGAAGGGGUGUCCACAUACCUUUGUAAAUAUAGUAUAUCUUUACUGUGCAGUACCUUGUGUAAUUUUGCCCUCCAUGAUCAUAAUAGUAUUAUAAUUAUUAUUUUAAAUACCAAGUAAGUACCUCUGUAAUUCAGCAGAAUUAUGAUGACACCAUCAUUGUAUUAAAUGUCUUGGUAUGUUGCCUUUACUUGAAAUGUCCCAACCUGUCAAUGUGACGCAAUACAGUGAGCGUGUCACUUUAAAGCCGAUUCCUUCAACGCAAUCUAAGGGGCAGGUCUUUUCCGUCAUCUGGGACCACAGUACUAGUAGCCAGCUAGAGAUGGCCUUGGAGGUUGUGCUUGUGGUGUGCACCGCUGCUCGGGAUGAGGAGAGGGAGAGCAGAAUCACAGGCAGAGCGAAUGUUUUAUUAAUUCGACAUGUAACAUUGUGUAAGUAGCUAAACUCUAAAAAAAAUUAUCGCUUGAUGGUAACCAGUAGUUCACUGGAGGCAGGGAAUGAAAGCUUGCGGCGGUGCUCUCCUCGUAGCUACACGGUUAAUAAAGGAUUUGGAAAGGAAAUGGUCAAGAUGGCAGCUCCAUUCGGAAUUUGAAGACAGACGCUGCAGUACUAAAUUCACAUAAAACAAUGGCCUUUUGAAUCGCGCCAUCAAGUUGCUGCGAUCAGCAUAGAGAAGACAGUCGAUGGGACGCACGUGGGGUUCCUAUCAUCAGCUGGAGGUGUGGAAUGUGGACCUUGGACACAUAUUUUACUAAUUAUGCAUGCUUUAAAUGAGUCUGACUGGUAAUUGAUGGAUAAUAUUAUGCAUGAUAACCAAACAAAUAAUAGCCUAUUAUUAAUGGAAUGCAACUUAGUUGGUCAGUUUAUACCGAAAACAAGCGAGAAACCAAGGAGAGGAAUAUGGCUGAAGUAUCACACAGUGAACCACACGCUCAGGAUAUUGACAUCGAUCCAGACUUCGAGCCCCAGAAACGACCAAGGUCUUGCACCUGGCCUCUGCCUCGACCAGAGUCCAACGCAGGGAAGCCCGAAUCAAACGAUGACAUCAUCCCCGAGGAAGAGGAUGAUGACGUCACAGCACCCAGCAGCUCUAGCUCUUAUACUGUCAACAAUGUGAAUGGUGGAAUAGCCAUACAUCAGAACACAAAGAACUCUUCUAAACACCCAAGCUUCACCACCACCACUAAGGAAGAAGUACUAAGCCCCACUUCCAAAGAGGAGGGGAGUAAUGUCGAUGGGUCCUCCUUGUCCACACAGACGCAUGCUGUCUCAGCUCUCAAUGGCUUGACCUCCCAACCUAGGAAGUCCUCAGCUAGGAGGAAUGCCUGGGGGAACUACUCCUAUGCGGACCUCAUCACCCAGGCCAUAGAGAGCUCCCCGGACCAGAGGCUGACGUUAUCCCAGAUCUAUGAGUGGAUGGUGAGGUCUGUCCCUUACUUCAAGGACAAAGGAGACAGCAACAGCUCUGCAGGCUGGAAGAACUCCAUCCGACACAACCUGUCUCUCCACAGUCGUUUCAUGCGGGUGCAGAAUGAAGGAACGGGGAAGAGUUCCUGGUGGAUGGUCAACCCUGAGGGCGGGAAAUGCGGCAAAGCUCCACGACGACGGGCCGUAUCCAUGGACAACAGCAACAAGCUGAUCAAAGGUGCUCGAGGCCGCGCCGCCAAGAAGAAAGCAUCUCUAGGCCUACAGGCCGUCCAAGAUGGCAGCUCCGAGAGUUUAUCCUUAUCCUCUAGCUUGUCCAAGUGGACAGGAAGUCCCACGUCUCGCAGCAGCGACGAACUGGAUGCCUGGACGGACUUCAGGUCUCGCACCAACUCCAACGCCAGCACGGUCAGUGGACGCCUUUCCCCUAUCCUGGCCAACCCAGAGCUGGACGAGGCUCUGGAUGAUGACUCCAUCUCUCCCCUCUCCCCCAUGCUGUACUCCAGUCCCAGCAGUUUGUCCCCCUCCACCGGCCCCCUGGGUCUGGCCGACCUGGCCCUCACUAUGGACCUCGAUGACGGGCUCCCUGACGACCUGAUGGGUGACCUUCUGGACAACAUCAGCUUGACGGCGUCCCAGCAGCCCCCGGGGCAGGAGGUGGAGAGCAGAGGAGCCAAUCAGACAGGGAGCUCCGUGUUAACCUUCAGCUGUUCAGGAAGCAGUAGUAGUCUGGGCGUCCCAUCCUCCGGCAGCUAUGUCCCUCCCAUCUCCAUCUUCCAGCUCAGCCCCCCGUCCUCCUCAGUGACCUCCCUACGCCAGUCCCCCAUGCAGACCAUCCAGGAGAACCACCAAGCUUCCUUCUCCUGCCUGUCCUCUCGUUUCAACCACCACCACACCCUGCUGAGCCUGGAGACACAUGGCAGCCAUGUCAGCGACAUCAUGCUCACGCACUGUGACCCACUGAUGUCACAAGCCAGCGCCUCUGUCACUUUGUCCCAGAAUUCCCGGCGGAAUGCCAUGCUGCUCCGCAAGGACCCUAUGAUGUCAUCAAACUGGGACGGUGCUGCGGGUCCAAAUUCCCAGACUUCCUUAAUGCCUGGUUGGCGGGCUCAGGCUGGCUUGUCUACGCCUAACAAUGAAGUGUUGUGCUCAAGCAAUGACUUGGACCAGCAGGCCAAGCAGCUUCUCCAGCACCUACCAUCUCCCAGUAGAAACUAUUCUAUGCAGCUUGGUGGCUCUGGUACCAACAACAGCACUUCUAGAAACCCGUUGCAGUUGACCUCUCCGGACUGCUUUCCAAUCCCUCCCAUCCCUGAUGAUCUGGAUUUGGACGUGUUCAACGGCAGCCUGGACUGUGACAUGGACACGAUCAUAGGUAAUGAGCUGAUGGACGCUGACUGUCUUGAUGCUUUGUGAAUACAGGCCCGGGACUGUGGAGCGCUGUUUAGUCUCUGAGUUGGGACAGUAACCAUCAGUAUUAUCAGUGGGAUUUUAGUAAAUGUGAAGUUAAAACGUGAAAUGGACACUAAUUUUAAGUCUCAGGGAUUUAUCCUUAUGUGGUGAAUUGUAAACACUGAUAUACAAAUGUUGUUUUUUUCCCCCCCUGCUUCCCAUGUCAUAUUUCUUAACCAUACAUUAACCAACACAAUAUUUUUGCCAAACCAGCCGUCAGUCCAGUGUGGUUGACUGCCUGUUUACAUCGAACAAGCUCCAGAGAAUGUUACCAAUAUUUUGUAUAUACUUGAUUCAGCAUUUUAUGCAUUUACUGGUAUGUUCUCAGCAGAAAAGAGGACGAAAGAAAUAAGGAAAAAAGCAAUCGUGUAUUUUUGAAACGCCUUGCAUCAAUGAACCAUUCCAUGCACCUAUAUCAUAAAACAUUUUGUUUAUAAAUGUUUAAUAUCAUCAAAUGCAAGGUUAUCCACAUGGUGUUAAUUGUACUGUAUGUAAUGUUUGGUUUCUUUUAAUUUUCUUCAGUGAUUUUGGUAUUCAAUACUCCUGAGAGAAGUUUCUGCUUGUAAUGUUGCAAUGUCAGACUCUGCACUAUAACAUGGCCUGUAUUCAAUAAAGCAUUUCUGAGUACGAGGGCUGAUACAGGAUCAGUUUAGCCUUUUAGAUCAUAAUGAAUAACAUGAUAUGAACGGGGGGGACCUGAUCCUAGAUCAGCACUCCUACUCUAAGAAGCUUUAUGAAUACAGGCCCAGGUGUUGCUUGAUUGUUGUGAGUCCUUAUAGCAAUUUAUGAUUGCUCUGGAAAUGUGAUCCGGAUGCUCCGUACGGAGGGUUUGACGCAAUUGCAGAGCCUCCAGAGGCUUGCAGAGGUCAAAUUAAGCUCCGCACCGCAUUGCCUUGUGCCUCCCAAAUUUUGUAACAAUGCGGAGGUGUCCGUAUAGCUCUGCAUUGACAUGAUUGGUUGACGGUACGUGAAGGCGCUGUAUAAACACAUUCACUUCCUUGACAACUUCCAACAGCUCCGCGAAGCGCAAGAAGUUGAAAUGCUCUGAUUUCUGCGGACGCCGCAUCGCAGCAAAUGCUGUAUGGCCACUGCAGAUUUCGGAGUGACCAUGCAGAGCCUUUAAGAAAAAGCAUUGUAAAAAGGAGUGGCAGUUGCAUGGUAGCAUACCAUUUAGAUGGCUUUUAAAUAGGGAACAAUCACAGUACAAUAUCUUCUUGAAUAUUGCCAAAUCCUUUCCACAUUCAAGAAAUACAAUAAAAGGAAACAUUGAAAAUGUACUUUGUUCAGCAGGUGCUUUAGUAGAAAUAAUAAAGUACAAUGCUAAAGGCAAAACGACGACUGUCACAAAAAUUAACAAUGGAAUUAAAUCAUGGUUUUCCAAUAUACUUUGUAAGAACAAAAAAGGGUCAACAGGAAGGUUAAGUUUACAAUCUCCUCCAAUGACAAAGGAUCUACUUUGUAUUUUUAUUUAUUUUGAACACCGAAAGAAUUACAGUUGACAAUUAUUUUUAAUUUUUUUACAUUGGAUAAUCAUUUACUCAUGCUAAGUAUUGAUAUUUAGGCAAAGCCUGAAAUAUCAGAUUAUUGAAAAGACCAUUCCAUACAGAAUCAGAAGCAAUAAACUCUUAACAUUCUGUUUGAAUUAUUGCCCCCAAAAUAAUAUAAGGUGAAUAUUUUGAGCCGAUUUCUCACAUGGAAUAGGAUUAAGUGAAGAGACGAUAACCAAAAUUUAGAAUCAACAUACAUUCUACAAGCUUUACGGCUGUCCUAUGCUGUUAUGUUGAAAAUGUUAGGAGUUUUAAUGACUCCUUAUUUUCUUGACAGCUACAGUGGCUUGCGAAAGUAUUCACCCCCCUUGGCAUUUUUCC